AUGCUUUUAUUUUGCUGCAAGAAGCCUAGAAUAAACGAAGGCACGCCAAGUCCAGGAUUGGAAACCGCCAGUCCGCCGCUGUCCAUGGCGACGAGUGCACCUGUUGAGGGGGGCUCAUCUGAAGAGGAUGAGGGCUGCGCAGCUAUUGCCCGGAACGCCGAGGCCAAGGAAGCCUUCGCCGCCGCUGUCCAAAAGCUGGGCGUGCAGCUGUUAGAAAACCUCAAAACGACACCCGAGAAUCCCAAUAUCAUUAUAUCACCUUUUAGCAUCGUUUUGGCUCUCUCCCAGCUCGCCCUAGGUGCUGUUAAUGAGACCGAGGAGCUGCUGAUGCAACAUCUCCAAGGCAACACCAUCACAUGCUACCAUCAUUCUGUCAAUCACAUCAUGGGGCAACUCGGAAAGAGUGACCUGAAAAUCGCCACACGCAUCUUCCUGCGUCAAGGCUUUAGGCCAAAGGAGGACUUCCUUCAGGAGUCCAAGCGCCUGUACGACUCGGAACCGGCUGUCUUGGAGAGCGUGAAGCAGCUCAACGACUGGGUAGAGAAUGCCACAAAUGGGCAGAUAACUGACUUCAUGUCAGAAGUGCCGCCCAACAUGCUACUUAUGCUCAUCAAUGCUGUCCACUUCAAAGGUGAAUGGAAGACUCUCUUCGACCCACGCCAUACCACCACGGGCGCGUUCUUCCUUGACGAUAAGAAUAUGGUCAACGUUGAGGUGAUGGAAGAUUCCAAACAUCCUCUACGUUUAUUUGGUGACAGUGAACUCGAGUCACAGGUAGCAAGCUUCCCUUUCGUGAAGGGGAUAAGUUUUUUAGUAAUCAUGCCCAGGUCCGGACAUGUGAACGUGUCCUCGCUCGUUCCUAAGCUGAAUAUUUCCAGCAUUUAUGAUCGUCUGCCCAAUGAAAGGGCCGUUCACGUUAAAAUUCCCAAAUUCAAACUUGAGUACUCUCAGCAGCUGCAGGAGGCCUUCACCAAAAUAGGCCUCGGAGAUGUGUUUUCCAGUCCCAAUCUGGCAGACAUAGCUGAUGGUCCCCUGCAGGUGUCCAGCGUCAUGCACAAAUCUGCCAUGGAAAUCAAUGAGGAAGGAGCCGAGGCUUCUGCUGCCACCGCUGUGGUUAUCUCCCGCGCGUCCAACCCCGUGUUCUACCUGAGCCACCCUUUCUUCUUCGCGCUCGUGGACGAUGCAACACGAGUACCAAUCUUCAUGGGCGUCAUCAACAACCCUAAUCCUGGUGCGCAGGUUUUGCCGAGAGCAAAAUCCAAAAGUAUGGAUAAAGACAUGUUGCAAAACGAUAAGAAUCAAGUAGGUGAGGUGGGAGGCCCACCUAAGUAG